AUGCCGUCAAUGCCGGAUCGCGUACUCGAGCUCAUGUUCUUGUGUCUGAGGUCUAUAUGCGAAAGCUGGUGGUGGACCCUCGACGUUUCCACGUGGGAACAACUAUUCAUGCUGUGCGGCACUGCCAUAGGCGUUAACGGAAAUGGCAAGGCCAAAGCCAGAGACGACGAAACUCGAACUGCGGCAGUGCGCUGCCUGAGGGCAUUGACACGUCCUCGCACGGUGGAUGAAGGCCCUGAUGCUUUGAAGACACUGGGCCGGUUUACUGCGCACGCAAGCGACUCCCGAUUCACGCCGAUACUCGGGCAGACGCUGGACUCGCUACUUUCUUGUACAACCUCGGCGCAUCGCCCCUUGAAGCUCGCGUGUCUUCAAGUACUCGGGUUCCUAUUGGAUAUCUAUGCUCCCGAUGACUUCGCCCCCGUCGUGUUACCCGGAGUCAUGAGUAGUAUGACGCGUCUCGUCUUGGGUACCUCAUCCACUAAAGGAUGGGAGAACGGCGACCUCGUCGCGGAAGGACUGCGCGUUGCUCAAGUGAUCGUCACUCGCGCGGUUGGGGACGACAUCUGCCUGCGAGCAGGAGCUGUCAGAGAUGCCACGAGUCUUGACAACCUGGCUGCUUACACGGAAGGCGCUGAGGAUACGGCGCAAGUCUAUACACCUGAACCCGGUGUGCCACGCACUUCGCGAACACAUGCGUGGUUACGCGGAACCUCCACUCAGUUGCACAUCGCUCUGAACACGUUGACUCCGCUUGUUUCUCAUCCAAACUCGGUAGCUCUCAAUGCGCUAGCCUGCUUCUCAUCCGACAUUAUUAGAUCAACAACCCUCACCCUACCCGCGAGUCAGGCGUUGCUGGCUUCGUUCCUUCUUUCGCUCUCCACAUCUACCUAUGACACUGUGUCAGAUCUCUCUACGCGGCGAUUGCGCGACCUCCUAUCCCCCGAAAGCAAAACACGACAUUCGCUGCUGCGGACUCUCGUCCAGAUCACCCGCGACAACCUCGCCGCCAUCCCACGUCUAUUGCUCUCUCAUGCAGACGCGAAGGUUGAGCAUGUCGCGCGUCAAAUUGAGGCCAUUGGUCGCCUCGCGCCAGGAUCUACUCCUGAUCCAGUAUUCGGAGUUAUCUCCACUGGCAUCGGAAAGCUCCUAGGGCCUACAGGAGGUGUAGAGCGAUGGGCAUGGCGUCUCCUCUCAGCCCUCGAAUUUGCGCCACCAGCAAUCGUGGUCACGAAAACCACUGUGGCCCAGCUUCUCCUCGAGUCGGAUACUCCCAUUGCUGCUUUACUACACUUUCCCGAACUUGAGAUGCUUCACGUCGCGACGCGCACAACCCAGACGGCCCUGGAGCGCAUGUUCGUCGCUCUUGGAGGCGCAAGUGGAGAAGAUGCACUCUUCACCAUCGAAUGGUUCGUAUGUCUAGGACAUCAACCGGACCCACGAGGAAUUGCCGCUCUCUGGUGCGCCAAUCGAGUUCUAGAAGGCAUGGCCGGUGUACAUUUGUCACGACCAGAGACUCACUCUGUACGCCACUCGCGCCACUUGGAGAAGGCGGCCCGUGGACUCGUAAUCAGUUUGGCGGAGAUAUGGGACGCCACGCCGUCAGACCCCAUUCCAAUGUCUGAGCAAGGAGCCCACGACAGGAUUGAGGAGGAUCUUAUAGUGGAGCACAGUCGGGGUGUCAUGGCCUUAGAGAAGGAUCUCGGAGUCCGUCGCCACACACUUUCAAACGAAAAGCGCCCGCCCACGCGCAGACCAAUGCUACAUCGUGCAGUCGCGCUGCAGGCACUCUGCGUUUGCGCCGGGAUUCUCCAGGCCCGCUUCACACCCAUGCUUCUACGCGCGCUAUAUCCUAUCCUGCAUUCGAUCGUCUCGCCCAUCUCCUUCUUGUCGACGACCGGCCUCGCCGCUCUCGAUUACAUCUCGACCGUGGCAUCCUAUGCAUCUCCGGCCAACAUGCUCUUAUCGAACUUCGAUUAUGCGCUAGACGCGGUCUCCCGACGACUGAGUCGCGAGCACCUGGACCUUGACGCGAUGAAGGUUCUUGUCCUUUUGGUACGGCUUGUAGGCCCGGACAUCGUGCACCGCGCAGGAGACCUCGUUGAGGAGUGUUUCUCGCGCCUGGACGAGUACCACGGCUACUCUAUCAUCGUAGACGGACUUGUAGAAGUGCUGGGAGAAGUCGUCAAAGUCAUCGAGCAGAGCGAAGAAGCACACGUCGUCCGCGAUCCGCGUAUCAACGCGCCGCGACAACUGCCCCCGGACGACCAUGAUCACAUUGAUGCCUUCAUGCAGUGGUAUCAAACGAGGAAUGCCCCGCCGGAAGUUGACGACACAGAUCACGGCCCCGCGCCGCGGCAAGCUUGGGGGCCUUCGGAGGAUGAAACACUGGCUGAGAAGAAGGCAGAGGAUGAUGGAGCUAUCGACGUAGAGAAGCCGCCGACGCCCUUGCAAGCACUCACCAAGCAGAUAGUGUCGCGCUCAGUCUACUUCUUGACGCAUCAAUCGUCCCUCAUCCGCGCGCGUAUCUUGAGUCUGCUCGCCUCUGCCGUGCCUGUUCUUCCGGAGUCAGCGAUACUGCCCUCGAUCCACAAUGCUUGGCCCUUCAUACUCAACCGACUUUCUGAUCCUGAACCAUUCGUGAUCUCUAGAGCUGCGGCUCUGGUCGAGGCACUCGCGCUUGGUGUUGGAACCUUCAUGUACCGACGUGUUUGGGACGACAUUUGGCCGAUUUUUCGACGUAUGCUCAAGACGCUCGAAACAUCCGACAUGCAGAACGCGCUAACUCGUCGGGGCGUCGAGCGCGCAGGACCUGAGUCUGUAUAUGCGCACUCUUUCAGGUUGUACUGCGCGAUGAUCAAGACGAUGACGGCGAGCGCCAAAAACGUCCAAGUGCAAGACGAUCUCACAUGGGAGGUACUCAUAGCCUUCAGGAGGUUUUUGCAUCGGGAAGCGCACGAGGAGCUUCAGACAUCGGCUAGGGAGCUGUAUAGCGCAAUCGCCAGGAACAACGAGGAUGCGGUCUGGCUGGUCCUUGUGUCCACCAGUCAGGUAAAUCAGCGCAUGGCAUUCCUGAGACGCGAUGACUGGGAGAUCGAGGACAACGUGCAAUUAAUAUUAGGUGCUGUGUAA